AUGGCAACCUGGCAAAUUUCCUUUGAGCAAAUCCGAACAUCUAAGCCUGAGGCAUCUGAUAUGUUUGCAUUGAUGAGCAUGUUUGAUCGACAGGGAAUUCCAGAACACCUACUCCGGAGAGACAUGAGUCGACUGCAGUUCGAGGAUGCAGUGACUCCGCUAUUAAGCUUUUCUCUCAUCAAAGAAGAAAAGGGCCAUCGGUCAUUCGAGAUCCAUCGUCUGGUACAGGUUUCAAUACGAGGAUGGUUAGAGUCGAAAAGGCAGCUACAAGGGUGGGAAAGAAAAGCAGCUGAAGCACUGGCUACGGUAUUUCCAACCGGGGAAUAUGAAACGUGGUCGGACUGCCAGGUAUUACUCCCGCAUGCUAAAGUGGUCAUGAAUUAUAUCUCCAAGAAUGAAGGAGACUUGUCGAGUUGGGCAAAACUUGGCCACAAGCAGCAGGGGAAAUAUAAAGAGGCAGAGGCUAUGUAUCAACGGGCAGUAAAUGGGGCAGAAGAGGGGAAGGAUAAGGAGGCAGAGGCACUAUACCAACAGGUAUUAAGGGAGAGAGAGAAGAGACUAGGGCCAGAUCAUCUAGACACACUUCUUAGCGUUACUAGUGUUGGCACUACCCUUUGCCAGCAGGGGAAGUAUAAGGAGGCAGAGGCCAUGUAUCAACGAGCAUUGAGGGGGAGAGAGAAGAUACUAGGGCCAGACCAUCCAAAUACACUUAACAGUUUCAGCAAUCUUGGCUUAGUCCUUCAGGAUCAGGGGAAGUAUAAGGAGGCAGAGGAAACGUAUAGAUGGGUAUUAAAAGAAAGAGAAAAGGUGCUAGGGCUGGACCAUCCAGAUACACUUGCUACUAUCAACAAUCUUGGCUCAGUCCUUAGGGAUCAGGGGAAGUAUAAAGAAGCAGAGGCAAUGUAUCGACUGGCGGGUACUCAAAUUCAUCCAAUAGAGUAG